AAUCCUUGUGACAGUGAUCCUUGUCUCAACAAUGGAACUUGUGAACCUAUAACUGCAAUAGAGUUUCAGUGUAACUGUUCUGAAGGUUUCGAGGGUGAAACAUGUGAAACGGCAAUAAAUCCUUGUGACAGUGAUCCUUGUCUGAACAAUGGAACUUGUGAACCUAUAACUGCAAUAGAGUUUCAGUGUAACUGUUCUGAAGGUUUCGAGGGUGAAACAUGUGAAACGGCAAUGAAUCCUUGUGACAGUCAUCCUUGUCAUAAUGGUGGAACUUGUGGUCCUAUAACUGGAGGGACGUUUAGCUGUGACUGUCUUGGAGGUUUCAAGGGUAAAACAUGUGAUAUAGCAAUAAAUCCUUGUGACAGUCAUCCUUGUCAUAAUGGUGGUACUUGUUGUCCUACAACUGGA